AUUCCUCACCAAAAUAUUAAAAAAAAAAAGUAAACACAGAGAAAGAAGAAAGAGUCCCUCCGUUUCCGCAGGGGUUUGUCCGUACACCCACCGGAGAAGAAGAAGAAGAAGAAGAAGAAGAAGAAGAGGCAUGGGUUCGAAUUCGAACGGCGUCAAUGCUCAGAUGAAGUUGGUGGAAGGAAGUGCUGGUUACGUUCUCGAAGAUGUUCCUCAUUUGAGCGAUUACAUCUCUGAUCUUCCGAUCUAUCCAAAUCCAUUGAGAUCCAAUCCUGCUUACUCGGUAGUCAGGCAGUAUUUUGUUCAUGACGAUGAUUCAGUCCCACAAAAGGUCGUUGUUCAUAAGGAUACUCCGAGAGGAAUCCAUUUUAGACGUGCAGGGCCACGGCAAAAGGUUUAUUUCAAGCCGGAUGAUGUGCGUGCUUGUAUUGUCACAUGUGGUGGCCUGUGCCCCGGGCUAAAUACUGUCAUCAGGGAGAUUGUCUGUGGCCUUCAUUUCAUGUAUGGUGUCACAGAGGUCAUUGGAGUAGAUGGAGGGUAUCGAGGAUUCUAUUCCAAAAACACUGUCACACUGACCCCAAAGUCUGUGAGUGAUAUCCACAAACGUGGUGGGACUGUUCUAGGAACCUCUCGAGGGGGUCACGAUACGAUAAAGAUUGUGGACAACAUCCAAGACCGUGAGAUUAAUCAGGUUUACAUUAUUGGAGGUGAUGGAACUCAAAAGGGAGUAGCUGCAAUGUACGAGGAAAUUAGGCGCCGUGGGCUCAAAGUUGUCAUUGCUGGAAUACCAAAAACCAUUGACAAUGACAUCCCAGUCAUUGACAAGUCCUUUGGGUUUGAUACUGCGGUUGAGGAGGCUCAACGUGCUAUUAAUGCAGCGCAUGUCGAAGCUACCAGUGUGGAAAAUGGUAUUGGACUGGUCAAGCUAAUGGGUCGCUACAGUGGGUUCAUUGCCAUGUAUGCUACUCUGGCCAGCCGAGAUGUGGACUGCUGUCUGAUUCCCGAGUCGCCUUUUUACCUCGAAGGGAAGGGAGGACUGUUUGAGUUCAUUGAAAAACGGCUAAGAGAAAACGAGCACAUGGUUAUUGUCAUUGCUGAAGGAGCUGGGCAAGAACUUGUUGCGGAGAGCAUGGAACAGCAAGAUGCUUCAGGCAACAAGCUACUUAAAGACGUGGGCUUAUGGAUGUCUGACAAAAUCAAGGAACAUUUUGCAAAGCUGAACAAAAUGGCCAUUACACUCAAAUACAUAGACCCAACGUACAUGAUCCGAGCUGUCCCAGCCAACGCAUCCGACAAUGUAUACUGUACUCUACUUGCCCAAAGUGCCGUCCAUGGUGCAAUGGCUGGAUACACUGGCUUCACCGUUGGUCUUGUAAAUGGAAGACAGACGUACAUUCCUCUCAAUAGAAUAACGGAGAGGCAGAACAACGUCGUAAUCACAGACAGAAUGUGGGCUCGGUUGCUUUCAUCCACAAACCAACCCAGCUUCAUGAACCCUAAAAGCACCACCUGAGAAAGAAAAAAGGCCAUGUAAGAUUUUUUGAAACAUUUGUUCUCUGCUAAAACCUCUAUCGUUAGAAAUAGACUCGUUACCCCUGUUUUUUUUUUUUUUUGUUUUUUUUGGUGAAGCCGAGUUUGUUAUUACAUACACAUGAUGAAAUUGGCUACUGAAGUUUCUUUUCCGAUAGAAAUUAACACGAGACAAAGAGGAUUGUCUAUGGUGUAUUGCAUGUUACUACGGAAACCCGGUUUGCAGACAUCUA